CUAUUAGUAGUGAUUAACCAAGCGCGAGUGUGAGCUGUUGAUUCGAUAUAAGUUCGGGUCGACGCCACACACGGGUUGUAGACGUUUUAGUUGUCGCCUUGUCGGUAACUCCGAUCAAUCGUCGAGUAUCGAUGUCACGUCUUUGAAUCAUCGUCCGUCGACUUACACCACUUUUUUCCGAUCAUCGAAACAUUUGAAACCCGUUAUUUCACGCAAAUAUGUCUUAUCAGCUGUACAGAAACACGACUCUGGGGAAUACUCUCCAAGAGAGCAUUGACGAAAUGAUUCAAUAUGGUCAAAUAACACCUGCUCUCGGCAUGAAAAUCCUGCUGCAGUUCGAUAAGUCAGUAAACAAUUCAUUGGCCACACGAGUCAAGUCUAAAAUUACAUUUAAGGCUGGAAAAAUGGACACUUAUAGAUUUUGUGAUAAUGUUUGGACAUUUAUGUUAAGUGAUGUUGAGUUUAAAGAAACACAAGAAAUGGCUAAAGUAGAAAAAUUGAAAAUUGUUGCAUGUGACGGAAAAAGUGUAACUGAUGAAAAUUCAAAGAAAAAUUAAUAUUGACUGUUUAAAAGUUACUAUUAUUACUAUUAUUUUUAAUUUUUAUGCUCACAAAAUAUUGUUGAUGUACUUAUAUAACAUUGUUGAUGUACUUAUUUUUCCUGUAUUAUCUACAUUUUUGAAUUUAAUUUAAUUAGCUGAAACGAAACUGCUAUAGAACAUAGUGAAUUUGUCUUUUGCAUUUAGUAUUUCAAAUAAAUUUUUAAAAUUAAUUGAUUUAACAAAUUAAAAAUGAAAUAGUUAAUUUUAAAAUUUAUACUUAUGAUAAAAAUAAAUUUAGUAUUACAAUUUUAAAA